AUGUUCAGAUCCAUCACUGUUGCUCGCUGUGUUGCUGCCAGCACUGCAUUCCGUUGUCCAUCAUCUCUCCGCAUUGCUCCCAUGGCUCUGUCUCAGACUCUGUCCCAGACUCUGCGCAGCUAUUCCACUCGCAAGUACACUGCUGAUCACGAGUGGGUAAAGGUGGAUGGCAAGGUUGCCACCAUUGGUAUUAGCGAGUAUGCUCAAAAGGCACUUGGUGAUGUUGUCUAUGUUGAAGUUCCUGAAGUCGGCUCCCUACUCAAGCGCAAAGAUGUGCUGAGUGCAGUCGAGUCUGUCAAGGCUGCUAGCGAUGUCUACACUCCUGUUACCGGCACUGUUCUCGAGGUCAACACUAACCUCGCUGAUGAACCCUCUCUCAUCAACAAGUCUCCAUACGCUGAAGGCUGGAUUGCAAAGAUUGAGAUGUCCGACUCUACCCAGCUCAAUGAGCUCAUGGAUGAAAAGGCUUAUGCUGCUCACAUUGAAUAG